AUGGAUGCUGAAAUGGAUACUCCGAUGAGCCCAGACAACAAUAGCGAACCAGAGAAUGGUCUGUCUAGCGCUGUUUCGAACCGAAGUGGAUCUGCAAGGAGCCGCAGUGGUGGUUCUCGUUCUCGGUCUGGUUCACGUUCACGCAGUGGCAGUGCUGUUUCACUCAGAAGUGGUUCACCAGUGAAUCGCAAAAAGCGUGCCGUUCUUAGUGAUUCAGAAGAUAAAGGUGCCGUAUCACAGCAACUGAAGCGAGCCAAGAUUAUUGACUCUGAUAAUGAAGAUGAGGUGCCAGGUGGCGAAGGCGAUGGAAACGAACGAGUUGAAAAGCCAGAUGAUGGAGGAGAAAGUUCAGAUGAAGGUGUUAUGAGAGAUAAUGAUGGCCCAGGAGCGAAUGACGCGCCGCCAAACUUCAAUGAUUCAAGCCGAUCACGAGUUGAUUCAGCUAUAGACAUGGACGUGGAACAUUAUAUAAAGACGUACCACAUCGUAGGACCCAAGAAAAAAAAUGACGAACCCGAAUUACUAUCCACAUUGGAUUCUCCUACCCAUACAUCUACCACAAGCCAUAGUCCUGAACCUGGAACCAGUACAUCUUCGACCGAUUCGGUAAAACUAGAUAGAGAGAGAGUUGAGGCGCAAGUGAAAAUCAUUAUGGAAUUGGCAAAAAAACAACAUAACUUGAAAGAUAUUGGAACGGAUCGUGGCAAUCUGUCAAAGCAGAUCAAAACUUUUUUGGAUAUGAUUAAAACAGACGAAGUUUUUCUUAAUAGAAAAUUCCAAUCGCGUCAGAUAAUGAUUGAAAUUCGAAAUAAGUACAUAGAUAAACCAAGUAUGGAAGAUUUCGAAGAAGCCAAUCUUGGAAUAUUACAGACAAAUUUGGAUUCUAUUGUUAAUGCCAUAUUCGAAAAAUGAUUAACUAUUAGAACAGGGACUCCACAAUGCUUGUGAAAAUUGUGUUAGAAAUUUGCCAUCAAACAUUGUUUUAUUGUCUCGAAACGAUGUUCCGUAAUGUCUUAUUAUAAAAAAUGAUGGAUUUGUAUAGGGAUUUGAUUUAUUUAAAUUUACAUUACUUUACCUGAGAAUAAUUUUAAAUAGUCUGAAUAAAAAUUGGUUGAAGAAAUAAAUGUGAAUGGCAAACGGAUAAGAAAACACACAAAUUUUUUCCAUUUUCUCAUUCAACUCAUAUGAGUACAUUUUAUUUUUAUUGUUCAUUACAUUUUUCAAAAUCAACAUAAGGAACAUCUGACAGAAUGUGUUUUUUCAUUUUAUAGUUUUUCAUAAAUGAUUUUAAUUUUGAUGUUUUUUCACAAAUUUGCGAAAUUUUCGUUGUGAAAGCUUCCAU